UCUUUGCUUACCGUUAUCACCUGGAAUCGCCAAGGUUCUUCCAAACAACGAAAAAUUGAGAAGCAUGAGCAACAUUUCUCUCAUUUUUUGCCCGUUAACCCAGCUGAAAAUCCCGACUCAGUUUCGCGCCGAAAAGGCCACCACAAAAUUCUUAGCAGUCUCUGCUCGUCUUGAAAAUGGUAAUUCUCAAAGCAGCACGGAAAAACCACAAGUCAAUCUCUCUGUUCUCCGCUUCACAUUCGGGAUACCUGGGCUGGACGAAUCCUACUUACCCAGAUGGAUAGGAUAUGGGUUUGGUUCGCUUUUGGUGUUGAACCAUUUCUUGGGUUCUAAUUCACCCACUAUUACAACCCCAGCACAGCUCAGAACAGAGGCUUUAGGUCUUUCUUUGGCUGCAUUCUCAAUAGCACUUCCUUAUCUUGGAAAGUUUCUUAAGGGUGCCACCCCAAUGGAUCAAGCAACUAUCCCUGAGGGCGCUGAGCAAAUUUUUGUGAUUUCACCAAAUGUCUCAAAUUCUUUGAAGGAGGAUUUGGCCUGGGCGACAUACAUCUUGUUGCGCAAUACAAACACCAUAUCUGUGUUAAUAUCAAUCCAAGGUGAAAUAUGUGUACGUGGGUACUGGAACACACCAGAUGGUGUAUCAAAGACAAAUCUACUGGUUUGGUUUGAGAGGCAGAUUGAAAAAAUUGGCCUUUCUGAUAUGAAAAGCACCCUCUACUUUCCUCAGAUUUCAGAUUCUGAACUUUGGAAGAUGCUACCCAAGGGGAGUCGUUCUCUUCUUGUACAACCAGUGCUACAGGUUCCAACCUCGAAUGACAAUGCAAUGGAAAAAAUUGAAGGGUUUGUCUUGUUGGCUUCGAGCAUGAGGUAUGCAUAUAGUGAGAAAGAUAGAGCCUGGAUAGGAGCACUUGCAAGAAAAUUCAGAGGAUGGAAAUAGAUCCUCUAUUGGACCAAACACCGAGGAGGUUAAAGAUACCAAUGGAGAAGACCGAAGACCAUCUGGUUUUUCUACAAAAAUUUCUCCAAUCCAUACACCAGGUUCUGCAAUAAAGAAAGAAAAUUGAAAGUCGUGCUUCAAUAUGGAUUGAAGCUGAAUAAUCAAAAUUAAGAGAUGAUAUGUAAUGAGACUGGUUAAAGAUUGAUCACCUUGAGGCGUACAACUCUUCUGAUGGCUAAGAUAAGGCCCGGCAUGAGACAUUCCACAUUUGUGAUGUCAUGUUUGAGAGUGUAAAUCUGUAAUCAAUAGUGCUUAUAUGUCAGUGUCACAGUUCCAUAUAAAUAAGGUAGAAUGUUCAAGUCAAAGCUGUUAAAGCAAGAAGAAUGAAACCUGGAAUCAUACCUCUCCCGGACCAGAGAAGUGGACAGUUGUUCCAGAAGGCAGCCCUGGAAGGACUAAGCUAUGUACACGAACCCCAUCUUCUCCCAGAACUUGACCCCUUGCCUGAUGGGGCAAAAGUAAUGAAUGAAUUUGACAACAUCAAUAGGAACUGAUUUGAAUCAUUUUCGUGUUCUGUCUUACCACAACAUCUGUUGAAAGAUCUUCUCUGUUGUAGAUCUUCCCAAGGUUGGAGAGGUUGUUAGCAAUUUGAAGUGCAUCUGCUGAUGGAAGAUCCUGGCUUUCAAAAACAAACUGAGCAUUUUCAUGUGCAACUGCUAAAUAAAGCAUGACACAAAGGAAAGAUAUAUGUUUUGCAUGAGCAUGCUUGUGCAUGUGGGUUAGCAUAAAUAAUUACAUUUAUUUUAUUUUAUUUUAUUUUUGUUCUUAUUUUAAUACUGUUGUGAUGCAUAAAUAGAUAAUUGAAUAGGAAGAAUGUCGAAAACUGGAUUUAAACUGUUGAUUUCUACUUGGAAAUAAACUGAAUUUACCGCUGCA